AUCAGUUGUCCCAUGAUCAAUUUCCUGUGAUCAGUUGUCCGCUCACCAUCACAAUAUAGUUCAGUACAACCAUCUGUUAUAAUUUCAUCGAGUGAAAUACCUGAUUCACCACCAUAUGAACCAGAAAUUGCUAAUGAACAUCUUGAUGAAGGUAUUAAUUUUCGAUCAUAUAGAUAUUCAACGAGUGAAAAGGGUACCAAUCAAUCUUUCUGUAAUAAUAAUGGAAAUCAAAGCGAUGAUGAAGAUGAAUAUGAUGAAGUAAAAGGUCAGCAAUUAAUACAACGUGUUAUUGAAGAAUUUCUCAAUAGAAGAUCCAUCAAAAUACAUCAACAAGAUAAAAAAUUGUAA